CUUACCUACAAGGAGGAGGAACACGGCUCGCGCGGCGGCGACUACUUCUCAGUUUGCUCUGGUGAUUCUGAUCAUCUGAUAUUCAUCACAGCCGCUUUCAUGGUUGUUCUCCGUCCGUCGUGGUCCCAGUCGUGGUUCCCAUCAUCUCCUUGCUAGCCAUUCACAGCGUGCAUCCUGCGAAUGCAAAGGGUACAUACGUGAAAGAGUGAGGAUUUGGAGAGAUGCAAGACGUGGCAGACGUUGUCUAGGACCAGACUGGGCAAAGCUGCCGGGGUUGGUCGUCACAAGAUCAUCUCAGCAUCAGCACGACAAAUGCUGAGCAUUGUGUUCAGCUGCGAGCGGUCGAUUGUACCGAACGCUUGCGUUGAUCGCUGAGGGAUUACUGGUAUCGACAGGAACGGAGGAGCCCUUUGGGCACGACGCUUCCCUGUUCCAACUUGUGUUACCCGACAUGACGAAGCCGAAUGAAUGCUGUGGAGAGAUUUGCUCCCCCACGCUCUAUUUUUGUGGCGUUUGUCCGGCCCAGAGCCGGUCAGUGCCACCAUGUUAUUCCAACAACGAGUUCCCCAACAAUAGCAUCUUCCAACUAUAUACCAACACUCGUAUCUCUAAGAGUCUUCAGAGCCGUGAGGUCUCGCCCGUCGACAAGGCGUCCUCUUCGGGCCUCGCUGUGUCACUACUGCUCCCGGGAUUGCGUUGGUGCAAAGUCAAUUGCUGCACCUUCAAGGUUCAGACGUUGGUAAUAUUUGUUCCAGUAAUUAGUGCAGUGCAAAUGGAGAAGGUCGAUACAUCUGCGCAGAUGCGCGUGUGGAGCGUGUGCCGAAACGAGCGCUUCGGCAGUCGAAGAGGAAUUGCAGACCCAAAGAGGUGGAAACUUCCGCCUCUCUUUGCUUUUGCCUCCCAAAUGCCAGGCCCGCCCGCAGUGGGAAGAGGUUGCUUGGAACUUUUGUUAACGGUUCCUGAGUUCCGAUGGGCAAGUAGUCAUCAUACCCCACGCCAUGCCCACGGCAAAACCGCCAUCGGAAUUGUAACGAGACUCCUGAAAGAGGACACAAUCCAUUUCCGAAGCAUUGCCGGCUGACCCUAGAUUUUCUUACAUGAGAAUCUGUCUUGCGGUGCACCCUGAACGCAUCGUCAUGUUCCUUCACAACGGGAUAGAUUAUACUGUAUGUAGAGUACAU